AUGGUGGUCAACAAGUCCUCAAAUGCAAUUCAUCCCAAUGAUGUUGAUGAAGAAAGUGCUGUUUUUUCUUCAGCUUCUCACUCUGAAAAAGUUUUAGAAAAAACAAAUUUCGAUGAAUCAAGAAAACCAUUCGCUUCAAUCAAGUUCUGUAUUAUUAUUCUAAUUUCAGUAAUAGUAUUGAUUAGUGUUCUUUUUCUAUCGGCUAUUUGGAUGAGCUCUUUACUUCCUUCUAAUUUCAAUUUGAGUUUAACUGAAAGAGAUUCAGAGUUUAAUGAAAUAGUCAAUUCGGUCAAGAAGAUUUUGCUUGAUGUUACUCAUGGGGCUGACACCAUGCGAGCUCAAAUUAGAUUCCUGUUGGAUUUUGAAAACUAUGAUCAGAUAGAAAAGAUUGUCUAUCAGACCUAUUUAUCAGAACAGAGAGCAAACUCUGACCUUGUUGUAACAAUUUAUGUUGGAAAGAAUUCUGGAACUAAUCUUGGAAUUUACAAUUCAGGAACAGAUGUUUCAAUUCUCAAUUGUACACAAGACCAUCAGAUAUUUUACAAAUGUGAUCCAGAUUUAGAAAAGUAUGAAACAUGUCAGAGAGGAAAUGUUCCAGAUAUAAUUCAAGACCCAUUAGAUGUUGACUAUAUUAUAGAGACUUGUAAUGAACAUCCUGAAAAACUGACCUUUACAAGAGGAUUUGUGGAUGUUACCACUGAAAAUUUGGAUACCUUCUAUUCAUUAGUUUAUUGUUUCUCUUUCACUGCUAGAUCAGCUCAGGAUACCAUUAAAUUUGAUUAUUUUCAAGGAUUUGAUAUUACAGUGGCUAGUGCAUCUGAUUUCUUGAUUAAUAAGACGAAAAUCAUCGAUGGGUCCAAGAGUUUUAUAUUUGAAGUUGCCCAAAAUUAUCUAGUUGCUAUUGAUAACAGGGAUACCAAAACUGCCGUUCUAGAUGAUAAUGGAAACGUUGCCAGAAAGACGGCUUCCAAUAUUGAGGACACAAGAAUCAAUAGUAUCUACAAUGUAAUUGUUGAUUUUGCUAAAGGAGAUAUUAAAUCGAACAUUGCCUGCAACACUCCUAAAACAUUUGACCACAUGACUGAUUAUGUUUCGAUAUAUAGAUUGUGUCUAAAUACCAACAUUGAUUGGAUGUUUGUUCUGAGUAUUCCAAAGUGGAACUAUAUGGGAUCAGUAAUUAUUGGAAUUGUUUCGUCACUUUUGGGCGCCUUAAUUAUUGUUUCAGUCUCUAUCUCACUCUCUGUUCUCGUUUCCAUAAAAAUUGUAAAACCAUUCAACAAUCUCAUCGAACAAUUCGAAGCAGUUUCUCACAUGGACUUGGAAAAUGUCAAUGUUCAACCAAGUACUUUUUCAGAAGUUAGAACUUUACAAAAACACUUUUUAGAAAUGACCAACACUAUCAAAAUGUAUAGAGCUUUCCUUCCACCUCAUUUGCUUGCUCAAUUGGAUCAGAAGGGUAUGGGCUCCUCUGAAGAGAAUGGAACUAAGCCAAAUGAGUUACAAUCAAUUUCGAGCUCAUUCAAAAGCAAUUCUCAAGUGAAGGAAUCAUUUAGAACUAAUCAUACAGAGAAUUCUUCAAAAGGUUCCAAAUAUUCAAGUAUCAAGGCUGAUAUGUUCUCUCUAUUCUUAGAAAAGAAGAAAGUUUCCAUUAGUAACAUCAUGAUAGAUAAUUUUUCAAAAGUAUUGAACUCAAUUCAUUCUCCACAUGAUACAAUUCAUAUGUUGACUGAUUUCUUCGAUCAAAUCACAACUAUAUGCAGAACACAUGGAGGAUUACUUGGUUCAUUUGAGAAUGAUUCCAUUACAAUUUCAUUCAAUACAACUUCUGCCCAGAGUAAACAUCAGGAAAAGGCAGUGGUAGCAACAAGAAUGAUUCUGGAAAAACUUUCGUCAAUUAAGGAGAAGAAAUGGCUUUCUUCUAAUAACAGAUUUGCAAAGAAAAUUGACAAGCAUUUGAUUGAUGAUUUGGAAAUUAGAGCUGCCAUCUGUCUUCAAGAAUGUGUUUGUGGUAAUGUUGGAACAAAUGAUAGUAAGAAUUACACGCUUAUUUCAAAUGCCAAAAGUAAUUUGGAAACCAUGUUGAGAAGGGCAAGAGAAUUCGAUUUGAAAUUAGUUUCUUCCCAUUCCAUUCAAAAAGCAAUUGAAUCUCAAUAUCACACAAGAUUUGUUGGAUAUGUGAAAAUGAUUGAAGAUCAAAAUUACUCAUCAGUUGUGGAAUAUUCAGAAAGCCUUCACAUUAAUGGAAUAGAGGACCAUUCCAAAAUGGAAAAGAUCUUUGAAAUUGGAGAUUCCACUCAAGGAAAUGCAGAUGAAUGGAUGUACGAAUUGGAAGAACAAGAAAAGAAACAAAAGUGGAAAACCUACAAUAAUGCAUGUCUCAUGUACUUUGAAUCUGACUAUUCGAAUGCACUACUGCUCUUCCAGCAAUAUUUCGAUCACCAAUUGCUUAAUGGACGUAAUGAUAAAUUGGCAGCAAACAUGAUUGAAUUGUGCCAAUCAAAGUGUGAUAUCUCCUUAGAAGAUCAAUAA